AUAGUUUGCACUUCUAAGACUUGGAUUCAACUUCCUGCGCAGAUUCAUAGAUCUGCAUUGUAUGCGAAUCCCCUAAUGUAGACCAGGCGAACGAGAUUGACAAGUCAGUAAAGAGUUUUCGCGGGUGCAGUACAGGUCCAGAUCUGUGACUUUCGUAGGCUUCUGAUUGGAUAUAUUUUUUCUAGGGUCAAAACCUUCAGCAGCCUGUGACACUCCCCUGAACUAUGAUUUUCUCCAUGGCGUGAUGCACGUUUAUGUUGGCAACCCUGGAGUUAUCACCUUGAAUGCAAGCCUUUGCUCUAACGUUGGAUAAAUUGUUUCCCACGCCAACGUGCAGACUAAAUGGAUAUUAACUUGCAAUUCUGGAAAAGCGAAGGGCAGUCUUUCCUGCGCAGACUCCGCCUGUGGAUUAAUAUUCUUGAUCCAGUCUCCCUGCUUUCCUCUGAUGGUGAAAUUAAGAAAGCACGUUCUCUGCUUGGAAGCGCAGAUCCGAAGAAUAAGAGAGAGGCAAACGAUGCGUGGAAGCUGAGCCUGUCAUCUGUCCACUCCGACACUGGUACCAUACAUCCAACUAUAUUCCGCCCUCCAGCAUUCCUUCCUGUUGCUGCCCCCUUGGUCAUCGCCAGCUUAUUACCACACAAAGGGGUCAGGCCUGCUUUCCUUUGGCAGUUUCUGUUGCAGAGUUACAGUGCUGGGUUUAACUUCAGCAACAGAAAUGCCACUGCCACCAAGGACAACAAGACGACGCUGAAGCAGGCUCUUCUGAUUGUGGGGUCAGUCACAUAUGCAACAUGUGCUGGGACGAUUCCGCAGUUUGUAAUGACGCGCUAUGGACUGAGAAGCACAUCUGUCCAGGUGUUUUGCAGAUCGAUGUUGCCUGUUCCAUUGGCUGCCCUGCUUGCUGCCUUCAAUGUGCUGGUGGUGAGAGCUGAAGAGAUCGAAAAUGGCGUCCGGGUGUUUGACUCCAGCGGGAACAGUGUUGGAAUCUCACAGAAGGCUGGCUCCAAGGCUGUGAAUGAGACUGCCCUGUCCAGAGCGGCUAUGAUGGGCACCACUGUCCCCGCUCUGGUCCUUGGGGGUUCUGCUCUGCUGUUGAGGCACUCCCUGUUGGUGGCACCAGUUCGGCACAUCAGCGCUGCCCUGGUCCUGGGUUUGAUGGUUCCCCUGUCCUUCAGUCUCUUUCCACAGCUGUGUACGAUUCAAAGAGACGACCUGGAAAAUGAGCUCCAGACAGCCACAACAGACAAACAGCUGUUCUACCACAGGGGACUAUGAGACAGGAAAUCAAAAUGGCCGCUUCUUUUAAAGAUCAGUGUAAGGAGUCACACGCAGGCCUAUCUGCAGAUGAGUCAUUUCUAAAUGAAUUCAUUUACAAAACGCCUAGAUUUUAACAUCAUGCACACAGUAAGAAUUGAGCUACUGCUGUAUCUCACUGUAUUUAUUUGUUAGCAAUGCAUUCUUGUAAAUAAAUUGACUACAGUGUAGUUAGCAACAAUUGAAAAGCCUUUGCAUUAAAGUCAUGUUUAAUGGAAAUUAAAAAACAGUAGAGGUAAGGUGACAAUCUGACGAUGCUAAUUAUUAUUUUUUAAACUGGUUUUCUCACCAUA